CUACAGGCCGUGCAGGCUGACCAGCGCGGUGCCUGUUGGCCCGGAGACGUAGUAGUAACCCGGAACGUGGGACCCGCGGGCUUUGUCCCGGGAUACCGGGGUCGGGCGUCACGCAGCUAAGGCCUGGAGAAGGAGUCGGGGCGGGGCGGGAGCCUGGGCGUGCAGGCGUGGCCGCAGGGGUGACAUGACCUCCGCACUGCGAAGGCCCCAGGUGCUCCAGCUCACCCUGGCCCUGAUCAAGCCGGAUGCGGUGGCCCACCCACUGAUUCUGGAGGCCAUUCACCAGCAGAUCCUGAGCCACAAGUUCCUGAUCGUGCGCUCGCGGGAGCUGCUCUGGAGGAGGGAGGACUGCCGCAGCUUCUACCGGGAGCACGAGGGGCGUUUCUUCUACCAGCGCCUGGUGGAGUUCAUGGCCAGCGGGCCCAUCCGGGCCUACAUCCUUGCGCACAAGGACGCCAUCCAGCUCUGGAGGACACUGAUGGGACCCACCAGAGUGUUUCGAGCUCAGCACACAGCCCCGGACUCCAUCCGUGGGAGUUUGGGGCUCACUGACACCCGAAACACCACACACGGCUCAGACUCCGCAGCGUCGGCCAGCAGGGAGAUCGCGGCCUUCUUCCCCGACUUCAGUGAGCGGCGCUGGUACGAGGAGGAGGAGCCCCGGCUGCGCCUCGGCCCUGUGCGCUACAGUCCUGAGGGCGGCGUCCACCGUGCGGCCGGAGCAGGCCCGGGCCAGCCCCGGAGGCCUGGUAGCAGCAGCGACGCGUGCUAACAGCAGCGACACCAGCCUGAGGCGGAGCAGGAAGCCUGGGCUGGUGGUGUCAUCCCUGCCUGGCGCCACCCCACCGCCCAGGGGGUCUGGCUCGUCUCGGCCCGCCCUCCGGGACCUGGUUCUUCACCUACCUCUUCACUGCAACAUUCCUGGUGCCUAAAAAGGAGGGCUUCUCUUUGGCUGAGAGAGAGUUACUUCUUCCUCAAGGACUUGCCCAGAGACAGCAACUCCAGAAGCGCCUUCUGGUCCAUCUUCCUUAAUAAAGUCAGUGUCCACAGGGGAGGUGGGGCACACCUGUCAUCCCAGCACGUGGGAGGCUGAGGCAGGAAGAUUGCCAUGAGUUCGAGGCCAGCCUGGGC